AUGGACAAAUUCAGAGCUGAGGCAGACAGAAUUACACAAGCCGGAAUUUGGAAGCCGCUCAAAUUCAGUAAUUGGGCAAUUCCAAUUGUGCUUGCACCGAAACCAGGUGGCGCUAUUCGCAUAUGUGGCGAUUUUAAGCAUGCAGUCAACGCACAGAUCGAUAUUGAACAGUACCCGUUACCGACAAAAGAGUCUCUGUUUCACAUAAUACGUCACGGAAAGCAGUUCAGCAAAAUCGAUUUAAAGGAUGCUUAUCUUCAAAUGGAACUGGAUGAGGAUUCCAAAACUAUCAUGGUCGUCAACACAUCCCUUGGCCCAUUUCAAUACCAGCGUCUUCCCUACGGGAUUGCCAGUGCUCCAGCGAUCUUCCAAAGGUAUUUGGAGCAGCUUCUAAAAGAAGUAGAAGGAUAG